UCUUCUCUGGACGAUUUUUUCUUCUGCAGAUAUUGUUUCUCGUCAAAUUCUUCAUUUUCAGAUCUGAAACAAAAUUUCUCUCCCAACAUCAAGUUCUCACACAUAAUAAUAUCGUCAACAACUCUUGUUCUUGCGAUUUCAGUGCAUAUCGGUGAAGAAAAGUGAAUGAAGAUCGUCAACAACAACUGGAAAUGAAGAUUUAAUUAUCAAAUCAUGAUGACAAAGAUAAGUUCUCUAUAUUUUCAUCUUUUCAUUCGAUUUAAACUUCUAAUUUUUUGAUUUCCAAAUCGAAAUCAGAGGAAUUUUUUUUUUGUUUACUGUUGAAAACCUAAUCGAUCUGAUUUCAUCUAGGAAUCUGUAUUCAAAACAUGAUCAGAACAUAGCUAUAUAGUUAUUUCAUCUUUAUCUCUUUUUUGAGAUUGAAAUUUUCAAAAGAAAUUGUCUACAAAUUUUCUAGGGUUUCAAAUUAAAAGUCGAUUUAAUUUUUAAUCCAUAUUGUUGUGCAGGUUCAACAAUGAAAUUAAAAAAAUCUUCAACCACAGCUGAAAUGAAAUCGUCGUCAUUCAUUUCGACUUUGACAACAACUAAUGAAGAGUUUAGAUAUUUGAUUAUGUUAUUUGGUGUGUGUGUAUUUCUAUAAUGGGUCUGAAAUGUGUAGUGUUUCUUUCUUAAGAGAACACCUGUGACAACACUAGGGGCAAACUAGGGAAGCAAGGAAAGAAAAGAGGGGAAACAUGGAUGUUAGGGGAGAAAUUCUAUUUUCGCUUUACAUAACCGAGAAAACAGAUAACAUAAAUUUCAAGAGAUAGGAAUUGGGCAACUUUUGGAGAUAGAAAUUCAUAUCUGCCUCUUGAGGUGAAAAUAUAAGAUAGGAUUUUAUAUAUCUGUACUGAAAAUUGAUAAAGGGAGAAGAAAAUUAAGAGGAAUGUGAAAUUAAACAUGAUCUAAGAUUUUAUAUAGGAUUAAGGGGCUGGGAAAUUUAAGACGUGGACUAACUGGCAUAAGAUUUCAUUUCGAGAACAAGGUGGGAAUUUAGACAGAAAUUCAGUAACAGGUGGAACAACUGCAGUGAAAAACGAAGGAAAAGAAGAGGAAGGUGAAUACUACGUUUGGCUUGAGCUUAUAUGUAUGGGUUUUUCAAAAACAAGCGUAUUGUGUUGUACGACACCUUGAUUCAACAGUUUGUUUGAUAUUUUGAUUUUAUUGUACGUGAGAGAGGGGAUUUGUUGCUGUAGAUGGCAUUGAAGCUUAGCUGGUGAAGAUGCAGUUCUCAAGUGAAUUGCAGGUGGUAUGAGGAUGUAACUGAGCAUGGGAAUGGUUAUGAACAGGCUGUUGUUGCUAAUUACAAGUUAUGUAGGUGUUGAUUUCAGAGUACGAAAGUUCACAGAGAGCUGUAGGAGUGUGCAAGUGGUACAAAUGCAGAUUUGGCGUUGGUUUGGAAUGAACUGGUAGCUAUGGGAUGAAUGAGAAUAGCUCAGCUGCAGUUAAGACAGUGGUAAUGGAAUAGUGGAAAUUCAGAUGUGAAGUAAGCUCUUUCAGGUAUUGAUCUCUCUUACAAUUUGUCUUCAUCAUCGUGUUUGUUUGAUGAGUUUCACAGUGAUUGUUCUAUAUGCAUAGUUAGGUGUAAGACAUUAGAGUCUUAGACAUUUCUUUGCAUUAUAAAAACAUGCGUGCAUCCGCACAUUAGUUUAGAUGUAUCCAAACAUAAAAACUUUGAAUUAUAAACAUGAGGUCUUUGAAUUAUAAACACUGAGGUCUUUGGUGGUUAGCGGCGCCGCCGGUGGUGGCUGGCGGUGGUGGUCGGAGGUGGUUUGACUGGCGGUGGUGGUCGGAGGUGGCGGUGGCGGUCUGAGGUGGUUGGCGGUGGCCGUGGUGCUCGGAGGUGGUUGGAACCAAAUCACAUAAUAUUUUAAUAAUUUGGGGCCUAAAUUUAAAUUUUAUUCAAUUAUGGGCUUAACAAUAUGCAUAAGGGUAUUAAGGUCUUUUAAUAAUAUGGGGCCUAGAUUUAAACUUCUUUUAAUUAAGAACCUCAUAUUAUGGGUUAUCCAUGGGUUGCGCCAUAGCCUAAUUUUCCCCAAACUUGCCCAAAUAGAAGAUACCGUAGUUUGGGCAAAUUAGUCUCCAUAUGCAGCAUGUCUCAUUGUUUCCCUCCUCCGAGCAAUUUCUUCCAUCCGAUUUAACAAAAGUCAAAAGUUUAUCAUUUUAAAAGCACUACACUGCAGAGUGCAGAGACGAACUCCUAAAAUCGAAACCAUUGACCUGUUUAUCAAAAUCCACAUUUUUCUGGGUUCUUGUUCUUCUUCUCUAAAGAUGCUUACCAAAACCCCAAACACGAAUCUAACAGACGAUAUCUGGCUUGAAAUAUUCCUUCUUCUUCCUCUAAAUUCAAUCUUUAAAUUGAGGUGUGUUUCUAAGGUAUGGUCUUCACUUCUCUCAAACCCUAAUUUCAUUAAUAAAUGGAUUCAAUUCAACAGCUCUAAUGAAUCUCUCCCAUGGAUCGUCUUCCAUAGUUAUAAUACUGUAUAUAGUAAGAAUAAUUUCUUAAUUUCGUAUGCAAAAUCAUUGAAUUCUAAAUCUAUAUCUGGUAAUGAACAUGGGUUUUCUUUUAGAUUUCUGAAUCCAAACCCACAUGAUCAAAGCAUAUACCUCUUAGAUUCAAGUAACGGUUUGGUUUUAUGUACACCAAGUUAUUACAGACCGAGGAUAUAUUAUGUGUGUAAUCCACUUACCCAAAAAUGGGUUUCACUUCCUCCAUCUCCCACAUCCACCACCAGCUGGGUUGUUAAUGGUUUCACCUGUGAAUCUAUUUCAUCAACUAGCUGUUAUAAGGUUGUGCGUAUCCCGAAAUUUGAAGGGAGUUCAAACAAAUUCAGUAUUGAAAUUUUUUCUUCUGAUUUGGGUGAGUGGAUUAUCCGUGAAGUGACAUGCCCCGCUAGUGUCAUUUGGCAUUACUCUCAUGUUCGCAAAUCUAUAGUUAUUGUAAAUGGAGUUUUGUAUUGGACUGAAUUGGGAAAUAGAAUCUUAACUUACAGUCUGAAGAAUAAUUCUGAAACUGGUGACCGGCAGUCUAGAUUGAUCAACUUCCCUGACAUGGAGUUGGAAGAUUCUUAUGGUGACAACAGCUCUUAUUGUCUUGGGCAGUUAGGUUUUCUGUGUUAUGCGAGAAUAAUGACAAGCCAAAAGAUUUUAAGUGUUUGGGUGCUCGAGGACGAGUGGCAUUUGUUGCACAAGGAUAUCGACCUGAGUGAUCUCGUAGCAGAAAUGUAUAGUAAAUUCCAUGUGUGUGAGUUUGAAGAUCCUGAAAGAGAAGAUGAGGAUUUUAUGGAAGUCCAGGUUUUAGGUUUCAGUCCAGUAGACAAGAAUGUUAUUUUGCUCAGUUACCAUAUCUUUGUUUGGGCAUUUAACAUUAAAACUAGAAGACACGAAGAGUUAUCCCAGACUUCUUUCUUGGGUAACACUCAUUCGGCUUAUCGCUAUCAGCUCUUUAAUACCCAUUCAGUCGAUCGCUAUCGUGUCUACUACCCAUUUGCUUUAAAGCCAAUGCCAACUAUACUGCCGCCACCUUCAUGGGCAGGCACUUUAGCUAAUGUUAAUGUUUCAAAUCUUCAAUAAGUAUAAGAAGAAUUAAGAUGUUGCUUUAUCGAGGGACCCAUUUUUGUCUAUUGAGUUGUUCUUGCUCUUUCUGUAAAAACAUAUUUGAGAACUUAUGGUGUGCAGUGCUGAGUUUAUGGUGUGUAGUGCUGCGGUUUGUAUGUUGCACUCUACUGAACUUUCUUGUUACUUGCAAGUUCCGACACCUCUCUACCUCCUAUGCAUUUCGGUUCACUUGUUGCAGUUAGAUUGGACAUAAAUUCAUUUCCUUCAAGAACAAGAGACUACUGAGGGUGUUGUUUAGACUUCUAAUAAGCAUUGGGUUGAAGUUGAAUGACUGAGACCAAUGGGUCCAUAAAGUUUAAGAUUUGGUUUAUGUGCAAUAUGCUCAUGAGAUGUCGUCAAGUGGGAGAAAAGGAGAAGAAUGCACUAUGUUUUCAUCUGAAUCUAAGGAGAAAGAAAUUGAUGAUUGUAUGCUUUGAGAUGUUACUGAUGAUCCGUCUCGUCUUUCAACCAAUUUGACGAGGAGGUUGUGCAGAAGAUAACUGCAAAGAAGUAAGAUUCUUGGCCAGGAAGUUGUGCAGAAGUAAGAUUCUUGAUUCUUUCCGGCCAUAUGAUAACUGAAGAACAGCUAACACUUUUCGAAGAACUACAUGUCAGAUUGGAUUUCUAAGCAGGUAGCAUCUAGUGGUACUACUCCUCCUACGUUAAGGCAUCAAUGGGAUGAGAAGCACUGACUAGUUGCUGCAAAGAAGAUUUUCCCAAGCUGUCUAAGCGGACUCUUAGCUUUUUUCGAAGGCUCUUUGCUUUCAGCCUAACUCGAUACUUUGUGACUGCUGCGGUCAAUCAUGGAUAAUUUUUGUUACCAAUGGUUGAUACCACUAAUCUUAUUUUAUCUGAAAGCAUCAAAAUCAACUUUGUAGUCGUUCUCACCUUUGUACAUGGUUUGGUUUCCUCUUCAUAGUAUGGUACUGUACAGUUGAUUUCCUAUCUCCAUGGUAGAGAUAUAUGUAAUAGCUCCAUUCACCUUGACAGACUCCCUUGCUGCGCCCUUACUUGUGCCCCUUGUAUCAAUGAAAUUUUCCAUAACCACUGAGUCAUUGGCAUUGCAA